AAAAAAGAAAAAAGGAAGUGUCGUGAGGAAUCUGCUUAGCGGCAGCUGUACACACAUACACGUGUAUCCAGAGGUGUUGUGAAGAUAUAUAGUUUCCAUCAGGAUGGCAAAGAGUUUGCGCAGCAAGUGGAGGAGAAAGAUGAGGGCGGAGAAAAGAAAGAAAGUUGCACCCAAAGAGCUGGCACGACUCAAAACAGUGCUGGGUCAGGGAGAGAAAGGAGAGAUCACCAUGAAAGAUGUCGCUGAGAUCGCCACCGUUGUGCCACCUGAGAAAGUGAAGAAGCCAGAAGAUGUUGAGAUGCAGAAAGAAGAUGCGGAUGGUGGAAAGAUGGAUUUAGACACUAAACGCAAUAAAAAGACAAUGUUGGACGAUCAAGGACGGUAUCCGGUCUGGAUGAACCAAAGGCAAGUGAAGAAGGUGAAAGCCAAACGUACGGCUAAAAAAGGAAAACCUAAGAUUAAGAAGGGGCUCGCCUGGUAGAUGAACUGAUCUGCUUGUGCACGGACAUUAUUCCUGUCACAGCUGUACAGGAGCCUUGCUGUGCAUCUUUUUAUUUUACGUUUAUGCAACCUUGAGCAGAAAAAUACUUUAGUGUUUUUGCAGUUGUGAAAUGUAAUGAUCUGUUAAUGGUUGUGGGUUCUCGUUGAGAAUGAGCAAUGUAAUUGGGAUUCAACAUCAUGAUCAAGGCUUUUCACUAGUUCACUAGCUAAUAUGGAGGGGAGGGGGAGUGAGACACUGUAAGUCAUCUGCAUUCACUGUAUUACACAACUGACUCUUCCAAUGAAAUAUAUAUAUAUAUUUUCCCUCUCUACUCUGUUGGUCUGCUUUACUUUGUAGUUGUGAAGUAUUAGGUAUUUUCUUUGUUGGCAGAUAAUUAUGGAUGAGCUUUUGUUUUCCACUUAAUAAAUCAAAUAUACCUUUCUGGGGGAUUUAGUUUUAUUUUGUGGUCAACAAAAAUGCACAACAUUAAGUCAGUAAAGAAACAAGCAUAAGCCAGUGGCUUGUGUAUCUCUAUAAGGCAGCGUGGUAUACUUUUACAAUUAAUCUCUGCACCAACCAAAAACAGCAAACAACCAAAAAUAUUAGCAAAUUUGUAAAUCUUCAUAUUGCAUGCAUAAAGGUUUAGAAAGCUGGUAAUUGAUAUAACAUUCCUCAUUUAAAACUAUUAACAGCAUUUCACAAUUACUUUGUAAUGAUUCUCCAUGUAAUAUUUAUGACAUCUGAGAGAUUAAAUGGAAUAUUUGCACUUUUAAAAAUCCGUUUUUCAUAUUGUAGGACUGGAAAUCAACUAAACAUGUAACUAAUAGUGACUAGUUCAAUAUUUAUUGAAUGUUCUGUUAUACACACUGUAUCGUUCAAAUGUCUGGGGCCAGUAAUUCAUUUUUAAAUAAAUGAAUACUGUAAUUUCAGAAAGGAUGCAUUAAAUUGAUCAGAAGUAACAGAAAAAAAUGCAUGUUACAAGAUUUCCAUUUCAAAUAAAGUCUGUUGCUUAUGAAUUCACUAUAAAUCAA